CACCUCAUUUUCUGGCUAAUUCAACGACGAUAACAAAAGAAAACUUCCGAUUAUGCAGUGCAGUUUGUGGUGAUUCGAAACGCCUUCAUACACUUAAUCAGUCGUCAAAGUGUAGUGAUCGCUUGUGCUCGUAGAAUCCGGUGAAUGUACAGCAUUUUAGCAAUGUCUGACGCCGAUUCGGAAUCGGAAAUUUCAGAUUAUUCCAAAAAGCCCAUUUUGGGUAAAAUUCAAUUGCCAAACAAACCCGCAGCGUCAAUGCGUAAACAUCGGAAAAAACGCAAAUUUAAAGGCAUCCAAAGGCGUAGAAAAUGUAUCUGCCUUAGCAUUGUAGUGAUAGUGAGUGUAAUCGUAGUUAUCUGGUUCAUAGCAAGCUACAACGUUGAUUUUGGUAUAGCCAGCGACAAUGAUCGGAACUCGAGUAAAAUGAGUCCAAAAAAAUCUAUACUUAUUCUAAAUUGGCAUGGCGGAGAAGUGAACCAGCCGCUGAAUGGUAGUUGUAACGUUGAAGCGGUGAAUACUACUAGACCCUACAUAACGCUGGGCAAAUAUAAUAGUUAUGAUGCUAUUAUAAUGAACUCAACUGCUGAGAAUAUACUAAGCGGUACAGAGCUAGUGACCUCGUAUAGCCAGGCUCAACUCAUAAUAUUCGCCACACAGAAGCCAUUGCAAUUCACACACAAUUUGACGGUGUUAGCGCGUUCAUUUUUUCGAGAGUAUGACAAAUCAUUUUCAUACUCCCUGAAGUCAGAUUUUGUGUGGCAUCCAUAUAAGUUAGUAAGGCUAAAUGAUUCCAAGAUUGUCGCCCCCACUCUGCAACCGCACUGGGAUGCGCCGGAAGAGAAAUUUCAGGAUGUCGGCUUAAUGCGCUCCUUGCUGAGAGAUGUGACAAAUCCAUCACCGCUAGCUUUAACUGUAUUGAAUCGGCCUUGUCAGGUAGUGCGCAAGGAAUUUGUGCGACGCAUCAUGGAAAAUAUGGAUGUGCACACCUAUGGUGAAUGUGGAGAAUACAAAUGUUCUAAUAAAGAUGAAUGCUCAUUCCUAUCAAACAAACGCAAAGAUCGUACUUAUAAAUUCUAUUUGGCAUUCGAGCAAGAGCUUUGCGCUGAUUAUGUGGGUGAAAAUUUUUACAAGGCCUUAGGUGGACGCUUGGUGCCUGUGGUAUUUGGUGGGGCGAAUUACGAGCAUUUCGCCCCACCGCAUUCGUAUAUAAACGCACGUGAUUUUGCCAGUAUACGUGAGCUAACGGAAUACCUGCUACACUUGGAUCAAAAUCCUGAAGAACAUAUAAAAUAUUUUACAUGGAGAGAAAAGUAUAAAAUUCACAAAUCUAAAUUUAAUUUGGAUCAAAUUUGCGAUUAUUUGCAAAGUGAAGAGAGCGCAAAUGACACCAGAAAUAAAUCACAAGCGGCCAGACCAUUUAUAAAUUGGUUAGAGGAAAAUAAAUGUCAGUCGUAUGAAUUGCCUGCGGCAUGGCUGUCCUGAGGGGAAUCGUGGCCAUGAUAUAUGAUUGUGAAUAUGUACAUAUAUAUGUAUGUGUAUAUGUUUAUACAUGCUUUACAAUGACUUAAUUACAUAGUUACAUGUAUGUAGUGACCAGUAAUGAGUAAAGGCUGGUUUUCACUAUGUCAUACGCUAAAAUUUGUCGACAUAUUUUGACACCUUUACCGAUGAUGUUAUGGGCCAAAAACAGACAGAUAGCCGAUU